AUGCUGGAUGAAUUCUAUAUGCUACUUCUCUGUAGUCGGAGUGACUUUCUAACAAGAGUUAAAGUGAGCACUGCACACAUAACAAAAUUCCAGGCCUACAAGCUGUUCCAAAUCCAGCAGAACAGUAUGUUCCAACUGGGGCCCACUUCUCAGAAUGCUAUAAAAGAAGGAGAUGUUGAUAAAAAAUACGAUGCCAGCUUCCUGUAUGCAGCGGUAAAUGCAGAUGUGGUUGUUUUCAUUCAACAAAAUGAUGGAAGUAUCACAAAAGGAUCUACAGAUACUGUAUCCAUUGGCCCUCUUAUUUGCACUAAGGCAGUUGGCAUGAACUCUAUGAAUAACGUCACACAGGAAUACAAAUAUAGAGAAGGUACACCAGAAGAAAGACAGGUGUAUAGCAAAGCUCGGAGAUUAACCAGUGGAGCAGUAGGAUUUGUAGCCUUGCCUUCUGCAGGAGAAACUGCUAUAGCUCCAAACAGUGACCCUGUGGUGUCUGGAAAGAUAAUCAUCAAUGGAACCCCCACUGUAGGGGAUGAUAUCAAUGCUACCUUGUUUCUGAAGAACUUGACCUUGGCUAACAAAAAUGUCACUGCCAAUGUGAAUGCAAGUGCUAUUGUAUACAACAAACGUGUGAGACGGACAGUUUUCUCAGAUUCUGUAGCAGUACAACUGGGCCCUAAUGAAGAAAAACCAGUCACAUUACAAAUUCUUUAUUCUCAAUAUGAAAACUCGCUGACAACUGAUAAGAUGAUCCAAGUGUGCAGUGUCUGCCAAGUUGAAGGUUGGGGGGAGCUGUAUGUCGAAGCAAACAUCACACUUCAGAAUCCUCCCCUGGAAAUAAAGACUCUUGGACCAGCUGUUUUGGGUACACCGUUACAAGUGGAAGUCACAUUCACUAACCCUCUGUCCAUGCCAGUGGCUGAUUGUGUACUGACAGCAGAGGGCAGUGGUGUAACACAAGUGAUCCAUAAAAGGCAAGUAUAACUUUAGUGUGUAGAC